GCCCUGACUUUCUCUCAGUUUCACUGUCAUUUCGGCUCUUAAGGAUCUCCAUCAGGGCGAUGGGCUCGCGUCCGGGUACUACCUCGCAUGCGCGCCGCCGCGGGAGGCGUAGCUCCGGCAGCAGCCCGCUUUAAUUGACUUCAGGAAAGUGCAGCGCGCGCAGCGCACCCCGCCAAACGGCUCAACUUUCGCCGACGACGCGCGCGCUCCAGAAAAGAGACAUAAUCGAGAUAGCUGAGGAAACGCCGUGCCAUGGGCGUCCCGCUCACGCGCACUUUGACUUAGUUUGGGUCAGUAAACUUGGCUCAGUUCGGACGCGCUCCCUCCUCGGGGUGUAACGGACCUCUGAGAGCGCGACGCGCCUCUGUUUCGGAACCCCGGGAAACCGGUCACUGCUCUCCGGCGUCCAUUGCCAGCCGCCGCGGACCAUGCCCAGGCGUACGUUCACGCGGACGUGGGGAGCCUUAUGGAUGCCGCUGCUCGCCGUUAUAUGCGGCGCGCGCGCUCAAGAUGAUGUUCCUCCGUACUUCAAAAUGGAGCCAGUGGCAACCCAGGUGCACCUGGAGGGGAACCGUUUAGUCCUGACCUGUAUGGCAGAGGGUAGCUGGCCUCUGGAGUUUAAAUGGCUCUACAAUGGCACUGAGCUGACGCGCUUCUCACUGGAGUACAGGUACCUCAUCCCGUCAUUGGACCGCUCCCAUGCCGGCUUCUACAGGUGCAUAGUGAGGAACCGAGUUGGAGCUCUAAUGCAGAGGAGCAGUCAAGUCCAGGUUGCCUACAUGGAGGGCUUCACGGAAGGUGAGCGUUCUCAGGUGGUAUCACAGGGUGAGGCUGCGCUCAUCUUUCCCCCGCGGAUCCCCAGCUUCCCACGACCUCAGAUCACGUGGUUCCGGGAUGGACGCAAGAUCCCCCCCAGCAGUCGCAUAGCGCUCACACUGGACAACACCUUGGUCAUUCUGUCCACGGUGGCGCCAGACGCGGGCCGCUACUACGCUCAGGCCGUCAACGACAAGAACGGGGAGAACAAGACCAGUCAGCCGGUCAUUCUCAACGUGGAGAAUGUGGGUGGGCCUGCUGAUCCGAUUGCUCCCACUAUCAUCAUCCCGCCGAAGAACACUAGUGUGAUGGUGGGGACAUUUGAGGUCACUUUGGAGUGUGUGGCCAAUGCCAGACCCCUUAUUAAGCUCAGUAUAACAUGGCGCAAAAACGGUGUGGUGGUGAACCGCGGCCUGAGGGACUUUGGCCGGCGGCUGACCAUCAGCGGGCCAUUGGUCAGUGACAGCGGCUACUACGAGUGUGAGGCAUCGCUGCGCAGCAGCAGUGUGCCUUCUGUCACCGCUGGAGCUUACCUGCAUGUGCUCGAACACCCUCAGUUUGUGAAGGAGCCAGAGCGCCACAUUACUGCUGAGAUGGAGAAGGUGGUGGACAUCCCAUGCCAGGCCCGGGGUGUUCCUCAGCCAGACAUUGUGUGGUAUAAGGAUGCUGUCCCCAUCAGUCCUGUGAAGACCCCACGCUACAGGGUGCUGGUCGGCGGAAGUCUGCAGAUUAAUGGGCUGCUGCCAGAUGACACCGGCAUGUUUCAGUGCUUUGCCCGCAACCUGGCUGGAGAGAUCCAAACCAACACGUAUUUGGCCGUCACCAGCAUUGCCCCCAACAUCACUGCGGGGCCGACGGACAGCGCCGUGAUCGACGGCAUGUCGGUCAUCCUGCACUGCGAAACAUCCGGAGCUCCACGUCCCGCCAUCACGUGGCAGAAAGGCGAGCGAGUGUUGGCCAGUGGUUCUGUGCAGCUGCCCCGCUUCACCCUGUUGGAGUCAGGCAGUUUGCUGGUCAGCCCCUCGCACCUGUCCGACGCUGGCACCUACACCUGCAUGGCCAGCAACUCUCGCGGCAUUGAUGAGGCUUCUGCUAACCUGGUGGUGUGGGCUCGAACCCGCAUCACCAACCUUCCGCAGGACCAGAGCGUCAUCAAAGGCACCAAAGCCACAAUGUCCUGCGGUGUGACCCAUGACCCCAGUGUCACCGUCAGGCACAUUUGGGAGAAAGGUGGUCUGGCCAUAGAUGUGAAGUCGAGUCCACGGCUGCGUGUGGACCCCAACGGCACCCUGCACAUUUCCCAGACCUGGUCAGGGGAUAUCGGCACCUAUACCUGCAGAGUAACCUCUGUGGGAGGCAACGACUCACGCAGCGCUUACCUGAGAGUCAGACAGCUACCCCAUGCUCCAGAGAACCCUGUCGCCAUGUACAGCUCUACAGAGAAGCGCUCCAUCAACCUGACAUGGGCACAGGCCUUUGAUGGCAACAGCCCCCUCAUCCGAUACAUCCUGGAGGUGUCUGAGAACAAUGCUCCAUGGACGAUACUCCUGGCCAAUAUAGAGCCAGAAGCCACCAGUAUUGGGGUAGGUGGCCUCAUACCUGCUCGCUCCUACCAGUUUCGUCUCUGUGCUGUCAACGAUGUGGGCAAGGGCCAGUUCAGCAGAGAAACAGAGCGGUUGACAUUGCCUGAGGAGCCACCCAGCGCCCCUCCGCAGACAGUCAUCGCCAGUGGUCGUACAAAUCAGUCCAUCAUGAUCCAGUGGCAGCCUCCCCCAGAGAGCCACCAGAAUGGCCCGCUGCAGGGCUACAUCAUCAGAUACUGUCUGUCAGGUUUACCGGUGGACUGUCAGAUUAAAAACAUCACAAACCCAGACCAGACCAACCUUCUGCUGGAGGAUCUCAUCAUCUGGACCAAUUACGAGAUCGAGGUGGCCGCCUACAAUGGCGCAGGUCAGGGUGUCUUCAGCCAGAAGGUCACUGAAUGGACACUACAGGGAGUGCCCACGGUUCCCCCGGGCAACGUACAGGCUGAAGCUGUCAAUUCCACCACGGUUCGCUUCACGUGGAGCGCCCCGAGCCCACAGUUUAUCAACGGAAUCAACCAGGGCUACAAGCUGUUGGCCUGGGAACCAGGCCACGAGGAUGACAUCGCCAUGGUGACUGUGAGGCCAAACUUUCAGGACAGCGUACAUGUGGGAUAUAUCACUGGACUGAAGAAGUUCACAGAGUACUUCACCUCAGUGCUGUGUUUCACCACACCAGGGGAUGGCCCCCGGAGCCCUGCUCAGCGCGUCCGCACACACGAGGACACCCCAGGGCCCGUGGGUCACCUGAGCUUCACCGAGAUCCUGGACACAUCACUCAAAGUGAGCUGGAAAGAGCCACAUGAAAAGAAUGGCCUUCUUACAGGGUACCGUAUCUCCUGGGAGGAAUUUAACCGCACCAACACACGAGUCACACACUAUUUGCCCAACGUUACACAGGAGUACCGGGUUACAGGCUUGACCGCUCUCACCACUUACACCAUCCAGGUGGCUGGCAUGACCUCUAAGGGUCAGGGCCAGCUCUCCUCUUCCACCAUAUCCUCUGGAGUGCCCCCAGAAAUGCCAGGGCCCCCUACCAAUAUUGCCAUCUCCAACAUCGGCCCGCGCUCAGUGGCCCUGCAGUUCAAACCCGGCUAUGAUGGCAAGACCUCCAUCUCCCGCUGGGUAGUAGAGGCUCAGAUUGGUGUGAUAGGGGAAAAUGAGGAGUGGGUCACAGUCCAUCAGCUAUCUAAUGAGCCGGAUGCACGUUCUCUGGUGGUAGAGGGCCUUAACCCAUACACCUUCUAUAGGUUCCGUAUGCGUCAGGUAAACAUAGUGGGUACCAGUCCUCCCAGCCAGCCCUCUAGGAAGAUCCAAACCCUGCAGGCUCCACCAGACAUUGCCCCUGCCAAUGUCACCCUGCGAACAGCCAGCGAGACCAGCCUUUGGCUCCGAUGGGUGCCCUUGCCAGAGUGGGAGUACAAUGGGAAUCCAGAGCUGGUUGGUUACAGGGUACAGUACUCUCGGGCCAACUCAAAAGCGGGAGUUCUGUCCCACAUCAUCUCAGACAGGCUGGAGAGAGAGUUCACCGUAGAGGACUUGGAGGAGUGGACGGAAUAUGAGGUCCGCGUGCAGGCCGUAAAUGGUAUUGGAUCAGGACCAUGGAGCCAGCCAGUGCAUGCCAGAACCAGAGAGUCGGUGCCUUCCAGUGGACCGGCCAAUGUCUCUGCCUUUGCCACAACCUCCAGCAGUGUCUUGGUGCGGUGGGGGGAGGUGCCAGAACCAGACCGUAAUGGCCUUAUCCUGGGCUACAAGGUAGUAUACAGGGAGAAAGACUCAGACUCAGCUUUGCAUUUCUGGACUGUGGAGGGGAACACCAGCCACAGUGUCCAGCUGACAGGCCUGGACAAGUAUGUCCUCUACGAGAUCCAGGUGAUGGCCUUCACCCGCAUUGGAGAUGGUGUGCCCAGUUCACCUCCAAUCCUGGAACGCACACUGGACGAUGUGCCUGGACCCCCAGUAGGAAUCCUUUUUCCUGAGGUCAGAACCAAUUCAGUCCGGCUAAUCUGGCAGCCCCCAGCCCAGCCCAACGGCAUUAUUCUCGCUUAUCAGAUCACCUAUCGGCGAAACUCCUCCAACAGCAACUCAGCCACAGUGGAUGUACUCAGCCCCAGUGCGCGUCAGUAUACAGCCACUGGCCUGAAACCAGAGAGUGUUUAUGUGUUUCGCCUUACAGCACAGACAAGAAAAGGCUGGGGAGAGGCUGCUGAGGCCCUGGUGGUCACUACAGAGAAGAGAGCUCGCCCACAGCCUCCCAGUCGGCCAGUGGUGCCCCAGGACGACGUGCAGGCCCGCAGUGUUCUCCUAUCCUGGGAACCAGGCAGCGACGGCCUGUCUCCAGUCCGCUACUAUACUGUACAAUACAAAGAACUGCCCAGCAACAACUGGACUGUCCACUCAGCAUCAGUCAACCAUGAGGCCAGCUCCUAUAUCGUGGACAAGCUCAAACCUUUCACAUCCUACCAGUUCCAUGUCAAGGCUACUAACGACAUAGGGGACAGUGAGUAUAGUGAGGAGAGCGAGGCCAUCACCACUCUACAGGACGCCCCAGACAAAGCCCCCACAAUCCUCUCUGUCACGCCACACACCACCACCUCUGUGCUGGUCCGCUGGAAGCCCCCCACUGAGGAGCAGAUCAAUGGCAUCCUGCUGGGCUUUCGAGUUCGAUAUCGAGAACUACACUAUGACCGAUUGCGAAGCUUCACUGUCCGCACCGUCAACAACCCCUCAGCCAACUGGGCAGAGCUCACGGCUCCCUACAGUGUCAGAAACCUGAGUGAAUCUUCACUCACCCAGUACGAGCUCGACAACCUGAGUAAACACAAGCGCUAUGAGAUCAGGCUUAGUGUGUACAACGCUGUGGGGGAGGGGCCUAUCAGCUCACCACAAGAAGUGUUUGUAGGAGAAGCAGUGCCCACUGCGCCACCUCAGAAUGUUGCUGUCCAGUCUUCGACCGCAACACAGCUCGAUGUUACCUGGGACCCUCCUCCGCUGGAAGCCCAGAAUGGAGACAUUCAGGGCUACAAGAUAUAUUACUGGGAGUUUCAGCUGCAGAAUGAGACGGAAAGGCUGCGCACGCUCUUCCUGCCCGAGCUGGGGGUCAAGCUUAAGAACUUGACAGGCUACACCACCUACAUGAUUAGUGUGGCCGCCUUUAAUGCUGCUGGGGACGGCCCACGCUCUCCACCCACCAGAGGGCGCACUCAGCAAGCAGCUCCCAGUGCUCCCAGUUUCAUCCACUUCAGUGAACUCACCACCACCUCUGUCAACGUGUCAUGGGGAGAGCCCAAGCAGCCUAACGGCAUCAUCGAGGGCUACCGCCUAGUCUACGAGCCCUGUACGCCCGUUGACGACUCCUCUCCUCACACUCCAGGUGUCAGUAAGGUUGUUACAGUGGAUGUGAAAGGCAGCGCUCCUCUUUGGAUGAAAAUCAAAGACCUGGCGGACGGGGUGACCUACAACUUCCGCAUCCGUGCCAAAACCCUGACCUACGGGCCAGAGGUGGAGGCCAACAUUACCACUGGGCCAGGAGAAGGUGCUCCUGGGCCUCCAGGGGAGCCGUUUAUUUCACGAUACGGUACAGCUCUCACCCUCCAUUGGACGAGUGGUGAUCCUGGCCGAGCCCCCAUCACACGCUACGUCAUAGAAGCCAGACCAUCUGAUGAAGGACUGUGGGAUAUCCUUAUCAAAGACAUCCCCAAAGAGGUGACAUCAUACACUCUGAACCUGGACAUGUUACGAGAGGGGGUCACCUAUGAUUUCCGAGUCAUUGCGGUCAAUGAUUACGGCUAUGGCUCGCCCAGUGCUCCCUCUCCUUCUAUAUCUGCCCAGAAGGUCUCUCCCUUUUAUGAGGAGUGGUGGUUUCUGGUGGUGAUAGCACUUGUGGGCUUGAUCUUCAUCCUCCUGCUGAUCUUCAUCCUCGUCAUUCGUGGGCAGAGUAAAAAGUACACCAAGAAGACUGAUUCAGGUGGCCAUUCAAACUGCACGUCUCUGCCACUCUCCCAUGGAGAGAUGAUGAGGCUGGACGAGGGCCGCUUCCCAGCACUGGAGCUCAACAACAGACGCCUCUCUGUCAAAAACUCCUUCUGCCGAAAGAAUGGCAUCUACACUCGUUCUCCACCACGGCCCAGUCCGGGCAGUCUGCACUACUCUGAUGAGGACGUCAGUGCUAAAUGCAAUGACCUGAUCCCAGCUGAGAGCAGCAGCCUGACUGAGAAACCCUCUGAGGUGUCGGACUCACAGGGCAGCGACAGCGAAUAUGAGAUGGAUCCAAACCGGCAGAAGACCCACUCCUUCGUCAACCACUACAUCAGCGAUCCCACCUAUUACAACUCAUGGCGCCGACAGCAGAAGGGCGUGUCCCGCCCCCCGGCGUACGGAUAUGGGCAGCCCGACGGUGUGGCGGAGCAGGAGUCCCGCCCCCAUCCCCCUCCUCUGCCACCGCUGCCCCCUCUGCUGCCCCACAGCACGCCUUCCCCACAGCCCCAAGGCCACCAGGGCACUCUCUUCAGGCCCAAAGGCAGCCGGACUCCCACCCCUUCUCUGCUGUCCUCCGAGGCCCACAGCCAGCACGCCCUCUACCGGCCCCCCAGCAGCCUGGGGGCCUCCACCCAGACGCCUGCCACAGGCUUCUCCUCUUUCGUUUGAUACAAGACUCUCGUUCCAAUGACGCAAUCAUAAUACGCCUGGCUGGGAUUCCUCCUCCUACGUUGCUGUUGUUGUGGUUGUACUUUUUUUUUUUUUUUUGACAGUUUUAUUUAUAGAGGUGUUACUAAGUGUUGGACAUACAUCCUUGGCUGCUUUUUUGUUUUAUUUCACCCCCUCCAUGAGUGUAUGUGCGUGUGCGCAUGUGUGCAAGAGCAUUGGGAAACAGACAAUCAUUCGGUGUGAAUGUGUUGUUGUUUGAGAUCAACAUAGUCAUUUAUCCAGUCAUUUCUAAACAAAGAUUAAGCAGAGAUAUUUCUAAACUGCAGAAAGAGUGAUAAAAAGCUAUUUUUAAAAUGAAAGGUAUGAUUCAUGUGAAUGAAAGAGACUAGAAACAACAACUAUUUAAACAGGAGUAGGAAAACUGCAACAUAGGCUUUGCAUGUAUUGCUACAAAUUUUCCAAAGUGAUAAUCAUCACAGGUGUACAUAAAUACAUAAAUCCGGGGUGUUUGUGCAACAUUCAUUUUAAUGCAUUCGUUCAUUUCCAUUUAUGACAGAACUUUGCUCAAAGCAUAGUACCGCAGCUAAAAGUACUGGUUGGACAAGAGGAUAUGAUCUUCUUGGGUGGAAUAUGUUUCAGUUUUCAGUGAUGGUUUAAAACCCUUUAUUCUUAGCCACGAUGCUAUUUUCAGUAAUAAAUCAACCUUGAGCUAUUACCUGAGCUUUUGCUACGCUAGAAGUUGUGGAUACUACAAAAGUUGUUGCUAGUCGGUUUUUUGUUGUGUCGCUGUGUUUUGUCAUGCGAAAGGUAUGGUUGUGUUCAUAGUCAUGGAUCUAAAAAGAUGAUUUCCCAGAAAAGGCUGUUCAGGGAGACUUGGACCGUUGUCAGACUGUGACAUCACAUUGCCCCCGGACGAUGGUCAGGCAACUACAUAGUGCUGUGGGAACUGGUUGAGUUCUCCAAAGCAAAAAUUGGAAAGCAGUAGAGUUUUAUUAUUUCUGUGAAAUGAAAAGAGAACAUGACACCAAACCAGGUUACAACAUGAACAAGUAGUAACUCCACAAAGCAGCACUUGAUUUUUGAUAUUGUGUGGGCAAUUAAGCGCAUAUGGCAAUUGCUCCUCAAGAACAGCUGAACACCGGAGCUGCAUGUAAAGGAGAAGACCAGGAGGGAAACUACUGCCCUUCUUUCAGCUGAUUUGUACAGAUAACAUCACUAACAAUGACAAAAAAAAUCAGUCAUCUGUCCGCAUGUGUUCGGAUUACAUCGCCCAGAUUCAGAGAACAGAAGAUAUCAUCUCACCAAGAAAAUGACUGAAAUACUGAAGAAACAAUGUCUGUUAUUUCUUUUUGCGUUGUAUGUAUUUCUCUGAAUAUAUUGUAGAAUGUGUUUUUACAGUUCACAGUGUGACACCGUGUGCACAUAUGCCUACAUAUAUGACAGAUAUGCUUAAUUUAUUUAUGAUCAUUUGAUCAUUCGCUUUUAUAUUCGAACUUACAAAGCGAGGCGGCGAUUCUACUUGGAAUUCCUUUGGAAAAACUGAAGAACUGGAAUUAAUGAUAAAUCACGACCCACACAUCUCCUGUCUUGUUCUCUGUGAGGUGACCAUCACUGUACAAAUCCUUUAAGGAAUUAUAAUGGGCCAGCUCAUGGUUCUUUUCCAAAAUAAAUUAUUUUAUUUUU